GAGGGCGCGGUGCUCAUUGGCUGGCGCGGGCCGGGCUGGGCGCGGGGCGCCGCUUCUUAACGGGCGGCGCGGGGCGGCAGGAGCGUUGUGCCGGGCGGGGCUGCUGAGAGCUGGGCUGUCGCGAGCCGGGCUGCCGCGCGACAUGAGCGAGAGACAAGGGUCUGGAGCUACAAAUGGAAAAGACAAGACAUCUGGUGAGAAUGAUGGGCAGAAGAAGGUUCAAGAAGAAUUUGACAUAGACAUGGACGCGCCAGAGACAGAGCGGGCGGCUGUGGCAAUACAGUCCCAGUUCAGAAAAUUCCAGAAGAAAAAAGCGGGGUCCCAGUCUUAGUAGCUACCUCACAGCUUAAAACAUAGUUAUCCCAAAAUGAUUUAUCAAGAAAAUCAGAAAUAAUACAAAGAUGCAUGUACAGAAAAUAUCAGUAUUUAAAACCCCAUUGGCAGAUAACAAACCGUGAGCUUGUGUGUGACUUUGUCCCAGAUGUUUUGCGCAUGUUAUCCUCUGUAACUCACCAUUUUACUUGAUGUUGUAAUAAAAAGUUAGGGUGAAGUAAUUAAAGUGUCUGCCUUCAUCUGUCUUUUCAUAUUAGUCUGGCAACCACAGCAUUACAAAUGAACCCAGCCCAGAUGCCUGUUUUCACGUAAAGCUUGGGGACAUAACAGCACCGUAUGCUACAAGGGUUUUGUUGAGGGAUGAGAGCACGUGUCUCAGCCCUGCUUACCUCAUUUGGAGAAUUCCAGCUGCCAGCCAAAUGUGACGAUAAAAUUACUUUCUCAUAAUGAGCUGGAAGGAAAAAGUUGCUGACAGAAGCUGGCAUGAAGGGAAGAGGGAUAGGAAGCAGUGAGCAGUUUAUUUUUGUUUUGCAAUUAUGCCAGUAAGGUGGUUUAAGUGGGAAAAUUGUCCCCAUCAUUCCUCUUUGCAUGAUAAUGUUCCGAAUUACCCAGCUUGGACUACACUGACUGCUAUGGAAAAAUAAAAAAGAAAGCAAAUCAAAACACAAUUCCAAACACCUCCCCCCCUUUUUUUUUGGUAUGUGAAAACAGAAACUGGCUCUCUAAACUCUCUUUUUGAUGCAGCUUUUCAGUAUCUACAUAAUCAGUAACCAUUUCUAUACCAUGUCUCUUCAUAUUAUUUUCAGUAUUUGAUGGGUAAAUCAUAAUAGACGCCCUGUCUCCAUUUGCACUGCGCUGUUUUCAACUUUAUAUGCGCCCCUUACUUUACCACUGCAUUCGUCCAGUUUUUCAUUAACAAAAAGCAACCACAACAAUGUCUGUUUCAAAUUGGGAAGUAUUUCUAUUUUCUCCCUGUUGUAAAAGAGUAACAGACCAGUCUCAGGUUGGAUCUAAGUAAGGAUCUUGCCUGGCUUUAGACCCGACUGGGAAUUGUCUGCUCAUAUUGUGUACAUAGGAAGGUUUAGAAGAGGUUUAAACAAGUACUUUGUACUCAGAAAAUAGUGCACUGUUUCUUUGCAUUUAGGAAUUUCACAUAUAAACCCCAAAUAGCACUGCUGCUUUGCUGAAAGUGUGGUUUGUGGAGGUCCCAGAUUCCCUACUUGUCUUUCACAGAGACUGCUCACCAUAUAAUAAUCGCCUUAGCAUAAUAAUUUAAAAAUUGUAAUGGGUUUGGAUUGUGUUGGUGCCAUUUUGUUUAGAUGAACAUAUAUCUGUAAUAAAGGACUGCAUUUGCGUUCUGCGUUAUGUCAUUUGAAAUAGCAUGAGCUCUGUAAUGGCUGCUUAAUUGAAUAAAAACUAUGGGUAAGCACUA